UUUAUAAUCAACACAAGCCACAUAUAUCAUAUAUUCUAUCAAAGACUCUCUUAAAGUCUUUCUUCUCAAAAAUAAUAGUAUUAUACCAUGUUUGGCUCUUCCACUUCCCAAGAAACAACAAAUGUCAUUUCUCAUCAACACUAUCAAACCAUAAACCCUAAUUUUUAUGCUUUUCAUGAUCCUCUCAUCAACAUGAAUCAAGAUCAUGUCCAUAAUAAUAAUUAUAAUAAGUAUCAAGAUUAUGACACUUCAUUUCUUGAUUUGUUAGUUGAUGGUGAUCAAGAAUAUUAUUCCAAUUACACAAACAAUAAUGCUUCAAUUUAUUUAGAAAAUCCCUUCAAGCAACAAGAGAUAAGUAGUAGUACCUAUAGUACUAGUGGAAACUCAUCAUCAGCUAGUUCAUUUGAUGCCACACCAACACAUGUUCACAUGAAUAAUGAAAGUUCAAGCACGGCGAUUGAGAAAGAAAAAAAAGGUGAAAAACAUGCAAUUGCUUUUAGAACAAAAACACAACUUGAGACCUUGGAUGAUGGAUACAAAUGGAGGAAAUAUGGGAAGAAGAAAGUGAAAACCAACAUAAAUCUAAGGAAUUACUACAAGUGUUCAAGUGGAGAUUGCAAAGUAAAGAAAAAGGUGGAAAGAGAUGGAAGCGAUUCAAGAUAUUUGAUGACUACAUAUGAAGGAAAACACAAUCACGAAAGUCCCUUUAUCAUAUACUGGAAUGAAAAAAAUCAAGCAAACAACUUUUUGAAUGAAUCAUCUUCUUCAUAUUGAGAAGAAUAAUCAAGACUUUUAUUAAUUUUAUAAGAAAUAUUGUAUGUUGUUCUAUUUAUAUACAAUUAUUUAUAUUUAUAGGAAGAGAAUAUAAGUAUUUUUUAGUCACUCACUUGUGGUACAUAAUCAUGUGUUAUAUAUAUGGAUAUACAUUAUGUUGUUAUUUAA